AGGCCACCCUCAGUGCACGGGCUCCCUGCUGCCCUUGCUGUACGAGCUGUGGAAGGGGAUAGCGACGCCUAAGCCAUUGCCAUGGAUUUUGUCAUGAAGCAAGCCCUAGGAGGGGCUACCAAAGACAUGGGGAAGAUGCUGGGCGGGGAUGAGGAGAAAGACCCAGAUGCUGCCAAGAAAGAAGAGGAACGGCAAGAAGCCCUCAGGCAAGAAGAGGAAGAAAGAAAAGCCAAAUAUGCUAAAAUGGAAGCUGAAAGAGAAGUUAUGAGACAAGGGAUUCGAGACAAGUACGGGAUAAAGAAGAAGGAAGAAAAGGAGGCCGAGGCCCAGGCCGCACUGGAAGCGAAUGCAGAAGGCAGCCUGACUCGCCCCAAAAAGGCCAUCCCACCUGGCUGCGGUGAGGAGGAGGAGGAGGAAGAGGAGAGCAUCCUGGACACGGUCAUCAAAUACCUCCCGGGACCCCUGCAGGACAUGUUCAAGAAGUAGUCACCGCAGAUUGUCAGACUGGCACAAACAGUACCGCAACGAAACUUCUCGUUUGCCCAAUGGGGAUAUCAAACCUUGCCAUCCAUCGUGCCGCCCGCCCACCUCCGCUGCUCACUAGGACCUACCCAGCUCCCUCUGGCCGCCCCCACCUGCCCUCCACCCCGGACUCACCCAGUACCCUCCUUAUUUCCUUCUUUUUUGUAAAUAGCCACAUCCAGUAGGCGCCUCUGAAUGGAUGUAAGGAUUAUUAAGCUGCAAUCUACACAACCUUUAUUAUAAGCCAUAGUACUAUAUAUGUUAAAUAGGCAACUGUACAUUUAGCAGAAAAAAGAAAAAAGAACAGCCUCACAUGUGUUUCCAUCCAAAGCAGGAAGGAGUGUUCACUGAGUGUGAACAGUGGCCCCUUCAAUUUUCCUUAAUUAUCUCAUUUUUUUAUUAUUAAUAUUGAGAAUUAAUCAAGUUAUCAUUAUUAAUGUUCUUGUUGGUUGGGCCACCCUAGUCAUUUGCUGCUGAGGACAUAUUCCCUUGGAAGAGAUGUCUCAGUUCUCCCAUGGAACCAAUUUUUUUUCCACUUUUAUGCCAUCACUGGCAUAGCCAAGAGACCAUUUGUGAGACAAACCAUGUAUGAUUUAUGUCUCCAGCAUUCCUGAGAGCUGUGAAAGUGCUGAGCUGCCCGCCCUCAGUUCCUUAUAGGAGCUAAAUGCCUCCAAAUCUAAGCAAAAGUCACAUUGCUUUGGGAAUUAGCCAUACCCUUAACUUGAAAGCGCAGAUUUGGGUCUUGACGGGUGCCAUACUGAGAGUGGGAGCCGUAGUGGGCACGUGGUGUUCUGCUGGAGCACCUACCCGUCCCUCCCGAGCCACCUGCCCUUCAGCGCGGCUGCUUCCUCUUGUUGGCCGGCCUUCUCCUUCUGCCCAAGGCCAUACUCAGCCAUGCCGUUCCCAGAGGUGCUUGCAGGAGGGACAUGGAGCUCCUGCAUCUUGUUACUGUUGCAUCCUGCUUCUCUGUGCCCCUCCAUGUGUGGCUGAGAUGGGUGGGCUCAAGAGCUGGAAAUGGCCCUGGAGAUGGAGGACUUCAGAGCUCACCUCCUCCUUCUCAUGCUAAAAUCCUCCAGUGCCUUGGGGAGGUUUCAGUAUUUUUUCUGUCCUCAGUUUCUCCAGCUGUUGAAUAUAGGUGUUAAUCCAUAUCUGUCAGAAAAGGAUCAUGUAAGGGUGGAUUGCAAACCACUGCUGCAGUUCUGCGCAGGAGCUGAGCUGCAUUAGUAGCAUGUGCAGCAUCCCUUGAUGCUAGUAAGCUGGGAAGAAAUAUCUCUCUGACCAAUAUCUUUGAAGCCUUUCCCAGACACCCGUUUAGAGGGCUUCCCAGCACAGAGCUUGCCGGUACUGAGGAACUGUUCAAGAAAAGACAAAUUCCCCUGGAGAUAUUGACUAGCAAGUGCACACACACAAACAGAGACACACUCACUCUCACAUAUAGGCAGACAUUCUGGUCACAGUCCCUAAUCAUCAGGCAUAAGACCUACUAUCUGAAGAGCUGAUCUUGGAGUUUCUGGUUCUCUGCCAUGUCUCUGCAAUGGCUGGUGUGGACACAUUACACCACCUUGGUCUCAGCAUCCAGUAGGAGAGUUACAGUUUGCCUGGCAGACC